GCCUACCUACAUGGUAGUGUAACCUUCGCUGUUGUGGUUUGACUCUUGUUUACUUAAUGUUUCUUUACACCAAUUUAAAUUUGAUUAUUUAUUAUUUUAGUGUGCUGGGAUAAUAUCAAAUAUUAUUUAAUGAUAGUAGCGCAAGAGUUAAGUCACAAUUCAGUUGUAUACGAUAUUCUGUAUUUUUUUAUUAUGCCAACCACAUCUGAUAGUGAUAGGUUGAAUAACUUUAGUGUUGAAGUUCCUAGUUGGACUGAUGCAUUACCAGUUUGCAAGAAUUCUGGAGUUGGAUAUUCCACAAAUCAAAUCUACCGAAAAGAUGGACACAGGCUAGAAGAGCAUCCUUUUGAAGAAGCAAGUUUUCAUUCUGGUGUUCUUGAUUCGAGUACAUUCUUAUAUGGCGUAUUUGAUGGCCAUGAAGGAAUACAGGCAGCUGAGUUUGCAGUACAAGGACUUGCUGCUGAACUUCUUCUGGGCCAAUUGUCAGGCAAAUUUAAGGAUCAAGAAAUUAAAGAGGUCUUAAGUCAAGCCUUUUUGACUGUUGAAAAGAACUUUUUGGAAUCUCUUGAUCAUAAAGUGGCCCAAAGAACAAGCCUGUUACUAGAAACUGAAGGGUUAAGUUUAAGCGAACAAUAUCAAACAUAUCCUGCUGUGGUUGAGCAAUUAAAUACAUUAAAUAAUCAACUAUCAUGUGGCACAACUGCGGUUGUAGCUUUGGUUACUGGCAACAAACUGUAUGUGGCUAAUGUAGGUGAUAGUAGAGCUCUAUUAUGCAAAACUGACAAAUAUGGUGUUCACAAAGUAGUUCAACUCAGUGUUGAUCAUGACCUUGGUAAUGAAGAUGAAAUUCUGCGUUUAUUUAAUUUGGGUUUAAAAUUUGAAAAAGGACAGUCAUGUCGUCUAGGCAACCAAGAAAACACAAGGUGUCUUGGUAAUUACUUAGUUAAAAGAAACUAUACUGAAUUUGAAGAACUUAAUAAUGCACAAGAGGAACCUAUUAUUGCUGAGCCUGAGCUUCAAGGAGGCAUUGAUUUGGAUGAUUCCUGCAGUUUUCUCCUCUUACUAUCUGAUGGAUUGUAUAAAUCAUUAGAAGAAGCUACUGGUACAAAUCAAGUAAAUAAGGAUAUUAUACAGAUGGUUGUUUCAGAGUUUCGAGUGCAGUCUACUGUGAAUGGAGUAGCUCAAACAGUUGUAGAUAAGGUUGUAAGAAAACACCAUGAUAUGUAUAUGUCUUGUGACUCACUUGGGCAAAGCAGACGUGAUGACAUCACGCUACUUGUGAGAAACUUCAAUUUUCCAAUGCCAUGUGCUGGAGGGAGAGAUGUUACCACUGAUACUAACACAUCAUCAAGUGGACUCACUAAUUCUCUUCCAGCACCACCCACUGAAAUACAAGCAUAUGUUGAUUUUAGUGAGUUUUAUGAAAAUUUUGAAAAAGCCAAGAAAAAUGGUUCUUUACCUUCAUGUUUGAGGAAUUAUUAAUAAAUUAUUUUUGGUUGUGAAAUGUACCAGUUUCUUUCUGUUUUAUAUAGGCUAUUUAGGUAAAUUUAAUUUUACUGUUUUUAAAAAUGAUUAUUAAUUGAGGUUAGCUUCAAUGUUAUAUAUUUAGUAAGUUCAGGUGAAAAAUUAAUGUUGAAUAUAUGAGGCUUGACCAUAUAAAAAUUCGUACAAUCUUACCUAUAUUUUGUUUAUACCACCUAAUGAAUUAAUCUAGUUAUGCUUUGCUACGGAUUAUAUAUUCUUAUUUUUUUUUUUUUGCUGAAUUUGUAGAAAUAUUUGUGUUCAAGACUUCUUACAUGCUGAGUGCUAGUGUCGAUCUUGUUUGAAUGUGCAAAUUGGUUAUCUAAAAAAAAUUUAACAGGUUAUACUUUCCUUUGCUGCAACCAACAUAUAACAUAUUGCUACAAAUCAAGCAUUGCAAUGGAUUUUUUUAUUUUACAUACUAAG